UUGAGAGGAGAGGGAGAGAGAGGAGAGAGAGGCCAAGGGAGGAGAGAGAGAGGCCAAACGAGGAGGAGGAGGAGGAGGAGGAGGAGGGCGAUGUGGUGCCAAUCGUGCAGGGGGGAGUACGAAGAGGAGGAGCGCGGGACGUGCAAGGAGUGCUACGACGAGGCGAGCGAGACGAAGGCAGGAGCUCAAAGCGCUGAGAUCGACGACCUCAAGUCCAAGGUUGAGUUCCUCCGCCUCGCCUCCCACUCCCACGAUCCCAAGCCACCUCCCACUAUUUCCACCGUCCAUCCCUGCCUCCCUCCUCCUCCUCCGUCACUCCUACCCGACCUCCUCCUCCACGCUUCCUCCUCCUCCUCCUCCUCCGCCGCCGCCGCCGCCCCUCCCGUCCCCGCCCACCGCGCCGUCCUCAUCAGCAGGUCUCCCGUUUUUAAGGCAAUGCUGGAGAACGAGAUGGAGGAGAGCCGGAGUGGCAUAAUAAAAAUCCACGACGUCUCCUACGAUGUGCUCCGCUCGUUCGUCCACUACUUGUACACCGCGGAAGUGCUUCUGGAUGAGCAGCUGGCGUGCGACCUUCUGGUGCUAGCAGAGAAGUACCAAGUGAAGCACCUCAAGUGCUUCUGCGAGAAGUUCAUGACGUCCAAGGUGAACAACGACAAUGCCCUUGCAAACUACGCCUUUGCCCACCGGCACAAUGCGAAACCGCUACUCGAGGCGGCCCUUUCGUUGAUAAUGGACAACAUGGCCACUCUGACCGAGAGAGUAGAGUACAAGGAACUCGUGGACGAGGACCCGCGGCUUGUUGUGGAGAUUUACGAGGCCUAUCUCACUAGGCAGGUAAAUACGGCCGCCAAAGAUUCACGGCUGGCACCAUAACAGGGAGACACAAAAAGAAGGGGCAUGUGUGAAUCAUUAUCUUGUAUACAUUCCACCUCCAAUUGCUGAUUUUUUGGGAAUCAUGGAUAAAUAUAGAGAUGCGGAAAUUUCUCUUCUAUAUGCGUGAGCGUUUGUCAAUGUAGUGCGCUUUUUUUCUCUUGUUGUACGAAGAAGGUAUAGUAAUGUAUGGAUAUUCCCUCGCUAUAGGACAUUUUGAGGUAGACACCUCAACUCUAGCUAUUUUGUUGA